AUGGCUACAUUCCACAUCAAACUCAGCAGGCCCCCCGACGGCCUCACACGCAAGUUCGUCGAUGCUGCACCGCCCUCCUGGGCGAAGCUCGCCGCGCGCAUCGAGUCGCUCUACCACAUCCCGCUCGCCGACAUCGCCGUCUCGUACAUCGACCAGGACGGCGACGAGGUUACGCUCAGCUCCGAGGAGGAGCUCCAGGAGUACUACAAGCUCCUCCCGCCUGUCUCUGGCGAGCCGACCGUUAUCCGUUUCGACGUGCGCGACCUUGCGGAGCGCAACAAGCCGCUGCCCGCGACGCCCCGUAGCUCGGGUGUGAGUGCGAGCGCGGGCGCGGGCGCGGGAUACCGCGGCACAUUCGGCCAGGGCAUCCCCAUGAUGUACGAGGUCGAGGACGACUGGCAGCGCGUCGCGCCCGGCCUCGGCUCCGUCUUCCUCGCGGGCCAUGAGACCCCGGACGACUCGGACGGCCCUCACGCCUUCGUGGAGCUCAUCGAGAGCGACGUCGACGGCUCUCGUGCGCGUGACGAGGACAGGCAGUCCGCAGUCAGUCUCGCGGACUCUGAGCUUACCGCGUCGACGCCCACCCCGGAUAAGGGCAAGGGCAAGGCCCGCUCGUCGCGCUCGUCGACCGAGUCUGUCGUCUCUGCGCAGGGCCCUGAGAAGCACCCCGUACACGUCAUGGAGAUAGACUCCGACACCAGCACGCCCGAGGGGACGGUCAGGACGGGCAAGUCCACGCCCGUCUCUCGCAGGGACUCGACCCCCAGGCCUGUCGCUACUGGCGCCGACGCCGCGCCGGACCCGCCGCUCCCGGAUCUGGACGAUGACGUCCCCACGACGCCGACCGCCUCCCUCACCAACGACGUCGCCAAUCUCUUCGGCACGCUCAGCACCGUCUUCGCGUCGCACCCCGAGCUGUCGGAGGGCGUGCGCAACAUCGUGCACAAUGCGACGAGCGGCACGUACUGGCACGCGCACCGCGAGUCCGUCGCGCGCGCUGCGGAUGAGAUACGCCGCAGUGCCCUGGCGGGGUCCGCAGACGCGCGUCAGAUCGGCACGGACGCCCGCCGCGCUGCAGAAGAGGCCGCGGGCCGCCGCGUCGCAGAGGCCAUCGCCAACGUCGUCCGGGUCAUUGGCGACGUCACCGGCGGUGCCGCUGGCGCUACAGGCCCUGACACUUCGACCCCUCGUUCGCGGCGCGGGUCGGGGCACCCCCGCGGCUCCCACCCGCAUGACUUCGGUCGUCAUGGACAUCACCACCACCACCACCACCCGUCUCCCCCCGGUGAAGGCUGGGACGACAUGCUCGCUGACCUCGAGCCCCCCGAAUGGAUGGGCAGCUGGGGCCACGGGAGAGCUCCUGGCAUCAUGGCUCUCGAUCUGAUCGAUUCCGACGUUGCGAUGACUGACGGCGAGGCGCCGGACAGUGCUCAGCCCGUCACGAGCGAGGAAGACAGGACGCCGGAGAAGAAGAAGAAGGCGGGCGAUUCACCGACGGCGAACUCCCCGUUGCAGAUUAUCAGCACCGCCCGCGGUCCGUUCCCCCAGCUCGAGAUGUUUCCCGUCCCCGUCCGCCGAUCCCACACCAUGCAUGGCACCGGUCAGCGCAACCCCACCGCGGCAAGCGCAUCGUCGCCCGCGGCUGACGCCAUUACCAGGCGGCUCGGUGACAUGGGCUUCACUGCCGACGCGUACCCGAGCAUCCCCGAGCAGAUCAGCACGCGCGUUCCGCGGAACGCCCAGCUUUCGCGGGAGGCGGAGGACACGAUUGUGACGGACGUACUUGAACACUUGCUGGAGACAUCGCCGGCUGGGCCCCCUCAGGCAUCGGGAUCUGGCGACGUAGCGAGCAGCAGCAAUGCUACCGGUCCCUCUUCUUGA